AGAGAGCGGAAGCGCGCCCGCCAGCUGCCGAGACUGCGCGUGCGUGGGCUGGCCUCCGCGGGGUCACGUGUGCUGGGGUCCCGUCAAGGCAGACGCCGGCUCAGGAACCCUUCAGCCACAUCCUACUCUCCACCCCUUUCUUUUUGCCUGCAAACAGAUGACCAAGUGGAAUCUCAUCAAGGGUGUCUCUGAAAUGUCCAGCUGAGAAGAUGUCUAGGUAACACCUGCCUCCCUACCAAAGAGAUCAUCGUUUGGAUCUCUGCAAUCCAAGGCCAAAAGCAAGAAACAGUUGCAAGGGGUUGGUUGAAUUCAGCCAUCGAAAGCAAAUAUGGAAACUGAACCAGACCAGGAGCAUUUGGACCAGAACCCGUGCGCCAGGACUGUGGAAGAAGAGUUGAGCAAGUCUUUUAAUUUAGAAGCUUCCCUUUCAAAAUUCUCUUGCCUAGAUCUGGAUAAGGAGCUGGAGUUCAGAAGUGACCUGAUCGAUGACAAGGAGUUUGAUAUUCCUCAGGUGGAUACCCCUCCAACUCUGGAAAGCAUUCUUAAUGAGACGGACGAUGAAGAUGAGUCUUUCGUUCUGGAGGACCCUACCUUGUUAAACGUUGACACCAUCGACUCUCACUCUUACGAUACCUCAUCUGUGGCGAGCUCAGACAGCGGCGACAGGGCCAACCUAAAGAGGAAGAAGAAGUUGCCGGACUCUUUCUCGCUGCAUGGGUCGGUUAUGCGACAUUCACUUCUAAAGGGGAUAUCUGCACAGAUCGUGUCCGCAGCCGACAAAGUAGAUGCUGGCUUGCCUACAGCAAUUGCCGUGUCCAGUCUGAUAGCGGUGGGAACGUCUCACGGACUGGCUUUAAUAUUUGGAAAAGAUCAGAAUCAAGCACUGCGGCUCUGCCUGGGUAGCACCAGUGUUGGAGGGCAGUAUGGAGCCAUCUCUGCCCUCAGCAUCAACAAUGACUGCUCAAGACUUCUUUGUGGCUUUGCUAAAGGGCAGAUCACCAUGUGGGAUUUGGCCAGUGGAAAACUUCUCAGAUCAAUAACAGAUGCUCAUCCUCCAGGGACCGCAAUCUUGCACAUCAAGUUCACAGAUGAUCCAACUCUUGCGAUUUGCAACGACAGUGGAGGCUCUGUUUUUGAACUAACAUUUAAGAGAGUGAUGGGCGUGCGAACGUGUGAGUCUCGGUGCCUAUUCAGCGGCUCCAAGGGUGAGGUCUGCUGCAUCGAGCCGCUGCACUCAAAGCCCGAGCUGAAAGACCAUCCCAUCACGCAGUUCUCACUGCUGGCCAUGGCGUCCUUAACAAAGAUAUUGGUCAUUGGGUUGAAACCAUCCCUGAAAGUGUGGAUGACUUUCCCCUAUGGACGGAUGGAUCCUUCCAGUGUUCCGCUGCUGGCCUGGCACUUCGUGGCAGUGAAUAACUCUGUGAAUCCCAUGCUCGCCUUCUGCAGAGGCGACAUGGUUCACUUUCUCCUGGUUAAGAGAGAUGAGUCGGGCGCAAUACACGUCACCAAGCAAAAGCACCUUCACCUGUACUAUGACCUGAUCAACUUCACUUGGAUCAACUCGCGCACAGUCGUGCUUUUAGACAGCGUGGAGAAGCUGCACGUGAUUGAUCGGCAGACGCAGGAGGAACUGGAGACAAUGGAGAUCUCGGAAGUCCAGCUGGUCUACAACAGCAGCCACUUCAAGUCAUUGGCCACGGGAGGAAAUGUUAGCCAGGCCCUGGCUUUGGUUGGAGAGAAGGCUUGCUACCAAUCCAUCAGUAGCUAUGGAGGACAGAUCUUCUAUCUGGGGACCAAGUCUGUGUACGUGAUGAUGCUGAGAAGCUGGAGGGAGAGGAUGGACCAUCUCCUGAAACAGGAUUGCCUUACGGAAGCCUUGGCCCUCGCGUGGUCUUUUCAUGAAGGAAAGGCAAAAGCAGUAGUGGGGCUAUCGGGGGAUGUCAGCAAGAGGAAGGCUGUUGUUGCUGAUCGGAUGGUAGAGAUCCUGUUCCAUUAUGCAGAUCGGGCUCUGAAAAAGUGCCCGGACCAGGGGAAAAUCCAAGUGAUGGAGCAACACUUUCAGGAUACGGUGCCAGUCAUAGUGGACUACUGCCUUCUGCUCCAGCGAAAGGAUCUUCUAUUUGGUCAAAUGUACGACAAAUUAAGUGAAAAUUCCGUCGCAAAAGGCGUGUUUUUGGAGUGCCUUGAGCCAUAUAUCUUAAGUGAUAAACUGGUGGGGAUUACUCCCCAGGUCAUGAAGGACUUAAUUGUUCAUUUCCAAGAUAAAAAACUGCUGGAGAAUGUGGAAGCCCUCAUUGUCCACAUGGACAUCACCAGCCUCGACAUUCAGCAGGUGGUCCUCAUGUGUUGGGAGAAUCGUCUGUAUGACGCCAUGGUCUAUGUCUACAACCGAGGCAUGAAUGAGUUUAUCAGUCCGAUGGAGAAGCUUUUCAAAGUCAUCGCCCCACCUCUGAAUGCAGGGAAGACUCUUACAGAUGAGCAAGUUGUUAUGGGCAACAAGCUUCUGGUGUACAUCAGCUGUUGCCUGGCAGGUCGUGCCUACCCUCUCGGUGACAUUCCUGAAGAUCUUGUUCCCUUGGUUAAAAACCAGGUUUUUGAGUUUCUGAUUCGCCUGCAUUCUGUAGAAGCAUCCUCCGAGGAAGAAGUCUAUCCUUAUGUUCGGACUUUGCUACAUUUUGACACAAGAGAAUUUCUGAAUGUGCUGGCACUGACCUUUGAAGACUUUAAAAAUGAUAAGCAAGCUGUGGAAUACCAGCAGCGCAUUGUGGAUAUUUUAUUGAAGGUUAUGGUGGAGAAUUCAGAUUUUACCCCGUCACAAGUGGGGUGUCUCUUUACGUUCCUCGCUCGUCAGCUCGCAAAGCCUGACAAUACCUUGUUUGUGAACAGGACCCUCUUUGAUCAAGUCCUCGAGUUCCUCUGUAGCCCCGACGAUGACUCCCGCCACUCUGAAAGACAGCAGGUCCUUUUAGAAUUGCUGCAGGCCGGAGGCAUAGUUCAAUUUGAAGAGAGUCGGCUCAUCCGCAUGGCAGAAAAGGCAGAAUUCUAUCAAAUCUGUGAAUUUAUGUAUGAGCGGGAACACCAGUAUGACAAGAUCAUUGACUGCUACCUGCACGACCCAUUGAGAGAGGAAGAAGUCUUCAAUUAUAUCCACAACAUCUUAUCUAUUCCUGGUCACAGUGCUGAGGAGAAGCAGUCUGUGUGGCAGAAAGCAAUGAAUCAUAUGGAGGAACUUGUGUCCCUGAAGCCCUGCAAAGCCGCAGAGCUGGUGGCUACUCACUUUUCUGAGCAGAUCGAAGUGGUCAUUGGACAGCUUCAGAACCAGCUUUUGCUUUUCAAAUUUUUGAGGAGUCUUCUUGAUCCAAGGGAAGGUGUUCAUGUCAAUCAGGAGUUGCUGCAGAUCCCGCCUCACAUUACAGAGCAGUUCAUUGAGCUGCUGUGCCAGUUCAGUCCUGACCAAGUCAUACAGACACUGCAGGUCCUUGAGUGCUACCGUCUGGAGGAAACGAUUCAGAUUACACAAAAGUAUCAACUCCAUGAAGUCACUGCGUAUCUGCUGGAGAAGAAAGGGGAUGCACACGGCGCCUUCCUGCUGCUGCUGGAGAGACUGCAGAGCAGGCUGCAAGAGAUGACACGGCAGGACGAAAAUACCAAGGAGGACAUCCUGCUGAAAGGUGUUGAAGAUACCAUGGUAGAGACAAUUGCUCUUUGCCAGAGAAAUUCACAGAAUUUGAAUCAGCAGCAACGAGAGGCUCUAUGGUUUCCACUGUUGGAGGCAAUGAUGACACCACAGAAGCUGUCCAGCUCGGCUGCUGCUCCUCAUCCGCACUGUGAAGCUCUGAAGUCUUUGACCAUGCAAGUCCUAAACAGCAUGGCAGCGUUCAUCGCCCUCCCGUCCAUCCUACAGAGAAUCUUGCAGGACCCAAUUUAUGGAAAAGGAAAGCUUGGAGAAAUCCAGGGCCUUAUUCUGGGGAUGCUGGACACCUUCAACUAUGAGCAAACCUUGCUAGAAACAACAGCCAGCCUCCUGAACCAAGAUCUCCAUUGGUCACUGUGUAACCUGAGAGCAUCAGUAUCCAGAGGACUCAAUCCCAAGCAGGAUUACUGUUCUAUAUGUUUACAGCAGUACAAAAGACGCCAAGAAAUGGCUGAUGAAAUUAUUGUCUUUAGCUGUGGCCAUUUGUAUCAUUCAUUCUGUCUCCAAAGUAAGGAAUGCACCCUAGAGGUUGAGGGUCAGACGAGAUGGGCGUGUCACAAAUGCAGCUCAAGUAAUAAAGCGGGCAAACUCAGUGAAAAUCCUUCUGAAAACAAGAAAGGACGGAUAACCUCGUCUCAGGUAAAAAUGUCGCCCUCGUAUCAUCAGUCCAAAGGGGAUCCUCCCGCCAGGAAGGCAAACUCAGAACCUGUUCUGGACCCACAGCAAAUGCAAGCCUUUGAUCAGCUCUGCCGUCUCUACAGAGGAAGUUCUAGGAGAGCAAGCCGGAAGCCUAUUUCCUCCUUCAGAAGGCCAUCCUGUAUAUCUGAGACUGCCAAGCCUGCCCUACAGCCAGCCCCCCCCUCCACAUCUGCAUGAGUUGAAUUUUUUGGGCCAUGAAAGACCAAUAUUAAGCAGCAGUGGCUUGAACAAGGAGGAAGUUGUAAAUGCAGGAAGCCAGGACAUGACCCUGAACCUCCAGGUCUCUUCCAGCUUGAGGCUGACACCCACCUAGCUCAGCAUUGGUGCUCCAGCUUUGAACACUGCUUCUGCAUGGCAGCCAGCAAGCAGAGAAAAAGGAAGACAAGGCUAGUCCACUGGUCAGGAACAAUGCCUGGAAGCUAUGUAUACCUCUUCCCUUGUCUACAAGGUUACCGACCUCCCCGAGGCUGUGAGAACACACAAGCCCAGUCUGGCCUGUCUCCACAGAGAGCGAGCCAGAAGCCAGUAUCCUCCUUCAGGGCCAUCGUGUAUGUUUGAGGCUGCCAAGCCUCAGAUCUAUGACCACCUAGCUAUCUGUAAUGUAGACUGGGGGAUUACACGUCUUUAAAUGUGUGGGAGAAGGGUGCAGACUCUGAGGUUACUAGCAACCAGUACUGCAUAGACAUCCAUGGCAGACUCAAGUGCACCCCUGGGCUCACAGCCUGCCCUUCCUUGCCCAUCAAGAAUGGAUCAUGUCCCAUCCAGUCAUCGAGAGCACAGGCCUGGCAGCAUCCUGUGCUCACCCCUCAUCCUGAGGAGGUCCAGGGAGCAUCUUGUUUGGACCCCUAGACGUUUCCCCUCCAGACUGCCUGUGCUCUGAGUGAGAGUUUCUCAUGCCCAUAGAGGCCAUGCCGGUCUGGCUGCUGCACUCCCUUCCUGUCCCUUCCCUUCUGCAAGGGCCAUGCUGGCUCUCAGCCCCUCAAGGGUGGGAACGAGAACUUUUCAGCACCUCCACUCCAGGGCACACCCAGAACCCCCCAGCCCAGUAGUUUUCUGAGCUUGUCUAGUUCCAGCUAUCUCUGGGCUUGGCAGCCCUGAUCUCACUGAAGCAGACACUGAGGGAAACCAGCACUUCCUCUUGAACUGUUGACCCGGACAGAAGUUCCUCUGGAAACUUCCACAAUGUCCUAAAUAAGACCCUGCAGUUUAAGUGAACUGACUGGUGUCACCUCGUCUCUUCCUGUUUGCCAAGUUCUGGCCAGGAACUAGAGUGAGAGUCACCAUCUACUUCACAUUCACAGCCUGACUCAGCGUCUGUGUUUCCUAGUCACUAAGUUACAGGAGGAAGUACUUAAGACUUAAGAAGUAGGAGCCAUGGUUUGUGCUUGGUCUUUCUGCCUUAGUGUCAGAAUGUGCACACCCCUUGAGUAUAGCACCAUCACGUGUUCUGUUGGAAGCCUUGGGCAUGAUCUCCUCACAGACCAGUCACAGGAUGAUUGGAUUACAGAGGUAGGAAGUGGAAGCUGACCCCUGCAGGGUAUCCUUGGAAGCCCUGGCCCUUGGUGUGAGCCAGCCUCCCUCACAUGCCACCUCAGGCAGGAGGCUCACGGUCAGAGUGUAAGCAUGCACACCAUGACAAACACCAUGACCAAAAGCAACUGGGGAGGAAAGGGUUUGUUACAGCCUACAGAUUGCAGUCCUCUGUCAGGGGACUCAGGGCAGGAACCUACAGGCAGGACCUGAAGCCGAGAUUAUAGAGAGUGCUGCUUUCUGGUUUCCUCUGCCUCCCUUCUGUAGCCCAGGCCCACCUGCCUGCGGGUAGCACCAGGUACAGUUGGCUAGACCUGCCGGUUAGAUUAGCAAAAGAGGAAAUGCACCCCCAGACCUACCCACAGGCCAGUCUGAUGGAGGCAGUUCUUCAGUUGUGGAUCACCCUGCCCAGGUGACCAGUUGUCUCAGGAGGACAGCUGAGGCUGAUGGUGACAGUGAGUGUGUGUUAGACUAUGGUUGUGUUGCUGAGCCAGGACCAAGGGCUGGGUUAGUUCUGAUAAACUGGACUUAGAGCUUAGAGGACUUGGCUGGCUCCCCAAGUAUUGUAGCCACUGGUUCUGCUGUCAGCGAACUGGCAAAAGAGCUCUGCACCAUUACUGCUCAUGUGAUGGGAGGCUCCUUGCCAGAGAUGAGAACAGAGAGAAGUUAGAGCAGGCAAGCAGGGCAGAGACGAUGGGCGUGUAACCUCCAGAGGUAAGACCACAGGCAGCUUGACUGAACAGGGAUUGCCGCAUGGGACUGAGUUUGAAUCCUACCCUAUCACUGAUAGCCAAGUGGCCCAGAGUGAGUCACUGCCCAGGAUUCUGUGAAUAUCGCCCUCAAAAGCCUGUGGCCUGCAGAUGUUCCAGGGACUGACUUCUGCCAGGAGACAGAUGCACACAGUCCCCCUGCGGCACUUGAAGGUUCACUUGCUACAUCACCCAACAGAAGGCAUUCGUCGCCAUCCUGUGAAGGGUAACAGUGAGGCACCACGCUCUGUCUUCAGGUCCCAUCCACUGCUCCAGUUGCAUCUUGGCCCUGAGUUUCCCCUCAAGUUAGAGUUUGAGUGUUGUCACUUAGCAGUCCAGAGGUCUCGGCUCCUGGAUAUGCACUCAUCUCUGAUUGUUGAGGGCAUCUGACACCCGGCUGCCAGGCUCUGACUUGCAGAAAGCCAGCUGGGUGAGGGUAUACAGCCUGGCUUCUCAGUGGGCUGGCAGGAAUGGCAGAACUAACAAACCACUGACAGACAAGGGUACUGUGGAAGCCAUUGGUUAGUGUAUACAGCUGCAGGGAGGGAGGGCGAGUUUGGAGGAGAGAUGGGAUCUGUGGGUGCUAUUCUGGAGCCCAAACUAAAUUGGUGGCCAGCUGGCCAGCCUGCCAAAGAGAGUGCCAGCAAUAAUUCUGUCCUGGACGCUCCAAAGAGAAACAUAUGGGAGUUGUGCUGAGGACAGAGGUGUGCCAGCACACAGGGAGGGCAGCAGUGCCUGGAGGAGACCCCACCCAGGCAGCCUCUUCUUGUGCCCAGGAGCACACCCCUUUCAUAAGACAUGGCCUCAGGACCCAAACACAGGGCUUUUCACUGCCCUCUCUCCGCCUUUGUCCCCACACAGGAUGGUGCCCUCACCCCUCACAUGUACCCUCUUCU